AUGCGUAUAUACGGAAGUGGAGUGGAUUGGCCUUCUCGAAAGUACCUAGCAUUUCGAAGUGCUGACCGUCUCCGGACCGGGAGCGGAGGCUGGAGCAGGAAGACCGAGCUGAAAGUCCCAGUGGAUGGCUUUGUAUUUGGUAGUAAUGAAGACCCAUCAACUACAUCACACACUCCAUGCUUGUCCACUCCAAGAGAUACACGUGCUUACCUGAUUAGUUGGAGAUGCAUCCACGGCCACCAGCUCAACAGUCCUUGUGGCAGCGGCCUUGGAGCGAUUGUACGGAAAUGGCCAGCGGUUAGGGCUCAUGGUCGUAUAUUCAAUAAUUAUCUCGUAAUUGCGCCUAAGCCUGUAGAGUCAAGACUACCUGGCAGUAUGCAAUUAGACCGCGGCUUUCUCGCAGUAUAA